ACCCGGUGAAGACAGGGUUGUCAUGGAGCCGCGGGGCCGGGCUCGCGCAUGCGCCACCUGACCCACAGGUCCGGUUGUGGAGUGGCGACCCCCGCCCUAGGACCAUCCCGAUACAAAGAGCACUGAUGCACCUGCUUCCAGUCCCAUGAAAAAUGGAGAGGAAAAAUCCUACUAGGGAGAGCCCCAGACGACUCUCAGGCAAACUAGGCAAAGGGACGGAGAUGGGAAAGAUGGUUCGUCAACUCAGCAUGGCGACUGCUGAGUCCGAUAAGGACUCGGGAUUUUCAGAUGGGAGCUCGGAAUGUCUGAGCUCUGCCGAACAGAUGGAAGCUGAGGACAUGCUGAGCGCCUUAGGCUGGAGCCGAGAAGACAGGCUGAGGCAGAGCUCCAAGACCGCAAACACUUCCUUCCCAACCCUGUCCCCCAUGGUCGUCAUGAAGAAUGUGCUGGUCAAACAGGGCAGCAGCUCAUCCCAGCUCCAGUCCUGGACAGUCCAGCCCUCGUUUGAAGUGAUCACAGCACAGCCCCAGCUCUUGUUCCUUCACCCGCCGGUACCCUCUCCCAUCAGCCCAGGUCACGCUGGGGAGAAAAAGUCAGACUCCAGGAACUACCUGCCCAUUCUAAAUUCUUAUACCAAAAUAGCCCCACAUCCAGGCAAAAGGAGCAUUGCCCUGGGCCCAGAAGAACAAGGGGAGAGCAGGAUGCCGAAGAAGAGCUGUACUGAAAGACUCGGGCCGAGCGUGUCUUCAAGUGAGUCAGCCAAGCCUGGUGCUGUGCCGUCCAGUCCCUCACCUCCAGCACCCUCCAGCGCCAAACUUGCCGAGGACUCAUCUCUGCAGGGUGUCCCCUCCCAGGUGGCAGGUGGGAGUCCACAGACUCUUCAGCCAGUAUCCAGCAGCCAUGUGGCUAAAGCUCCCAGGCUGACCUUUACUUCCCCUGCCAGUCCUGUCUGUGCCUCAGACAGCACCCUGCAUGGGCUGGAGAGCAGCUCUCCCCUGUCCCCUCGGUCAGCUAAUUACAGCUCUCCACUGUGGGCCGCCGAGCACCUCUGCCGCAGCCCAGAGCUCUUCACCGAGCAGCGGCAGAGCAAACACAGACGCUUUCAGAAUACCUUGGUAGUGCUACAUAAAUCCGGUUUGCUGGAGAUCACUUUGAAAACCAAGGAGUUGAUUCGGCAAAACCAGGCAACUCAGGUGGAACUAGACCAGCUUAAGGAGCAAACCCAGCUGUUUAUAGAGGCUACCAAGAGCAGAGCUCCUCAGGCCUGGGCCAAGCUACAGGCAUCUUUAACAUCCGGGGCCAGUCAAGCUGCCAGUGACCUAGACACUUUCUCUGACCACCCAGAUGUCUAG